CUUCCAAACGUUAUCGCGCGUCGGGAAGAAUAAAUGCAUACGUGCACUUCGCUGUGUCGUCCUAAACGAGUAUCGACGUCAUGUUUGCCUACACUUUGCUGUUAGUUGUUGUUGGGUUUGCCGCUGCGGAGGAAUCGCCAUUGAAGAAAAUCCAUGUACUACAACCAUGCACCACUUCUGCUGAUGUCGUCAACGUGAAAGAGUUCCGCACUUCCGAAUGCAAGGCCGAUCCAUGCGUUGUGCCGUUUUGGAAACGCGUACAGUUCGAGAUCGAUUUUGUUGCAGAGAGGGCUUCCGAUGUCAUGCACGUCGAUGUAAAAGGCCGGUUCCGUUACGGUGAUCCACUGACGGCUCUGGAAUCCUUCGAAACAGACGCUUGCAAUCAUAUGGCCGUCCCCUGCCCUCUGGUCGCCGGAAAAGAGUACACAGCAAAGUCUGCAUUGCAAGUUCCGUGGUGGAAUAUUGACGAGAAAGCUUUGCCGUUGGAUGCAGAAGCUGUUCUCAGGGGAAGGGAUGCGGGUGGACAACUCUUCUGUUUCAAAGUUCUUAUCAGGCUGACCAGCAAGGAAGCUGUGGGUUGAGGCGGAAUAGUACCCGUACAUCCUGUGUACACCCAGUCAGGGGUAUCGUACUGCAAUCUAAAAAAAUAUACUAGCCUUUCUUUAGAAA